AUGUUGUUGGACAAUUUACCUUUAAAUUGUACUCAUUCUUUACUUGAACGUCGAUGUAAACAAUUUGGUUCUGUUGUGAAUAUUCUUUUACCCCAAACUAAACGUAUUCAAAGACGAAUCUUUCAAUCUUCAAAUGUCAAUUCUAUUCAACAUUCUGGCUUUGCUUUUGUUCAUUUUGCUUCUAGAACUGCUGCCAAAAGAUUUUGCAAGCGUUAUCAAUUAAAUAGUCGUUUAAAACGAACUCAUCAUUCUCAUGGACAUAGACACAAAAAAGCAAAACUUUUUUUAAAUAAACAAAAUUUGGAAAUUGGAGAUGAAUUGAUGAAAGAUUGUUCAGAUGAAAAAAUUGGAGAAAUUAAAAAAGAAGAGAUUCAACCAAUUUCAACUCAACCAGACGAAAGGGCAACAAAUCCAACUUCUUUUAUUGUCCCACAAGUUCCUUCUCUAACAGAAAUUUCACGGACCCGAAUGAGAAGUCAAUCUGUGGCAGAGUCAAUAAUGUCUGUAGACGAAAGUGGAAAAGAAACAGAUUUGGAAGAAAAACAAAACGAAAAUAUUUUGCAAAAAGGAAUUAAAAAACAUCGUCGACGUCGUAAACCUAGAAAGACAACAACAACAAAUAAGACGAGUAAUCAUAUUUUUAGUUUAACUAGUCUUUUUAGACAUAUUCAGGUUUUUCCCUAG